ACAUCGUGCUGUCGAUCUGCAUGGAGACCAAACGACGACGUGUACUUCAAACGAAUUUCUCUCCUCUCCGUCGUCGUCGUUUCCGAGGGAACGCGAGCGUACCAAGACGUCCGUUAACGUUUUCACGAACUCAGCAAUCCUUGACGCGACGUCAUCGUCGAGGGCUCCGCAACUCUGGCCACCACAAUCGCACACGAACGCACCACAAACACACGCGUCGUCGCUGGUCGUCGCUACCGCUGGCUACCGCUGCUUCUUUUCUUUUCCCUGAUAUAUCCCUGGACUCCCUGGACGCGGUAGCUUUUUCAGCGCGGUCUGCUGUCGCUCGUUGGAACUAGACUGUUCGCUGUGGUUUGCUCGGCUCGACAGUUUGACGUUUCGAGACAUGUUGUAGCCGACGUGCCUGUCCAUCCCGAUAGUUAGUGUUAGGACGCUGUUAUUCCACCGUCAUUAUGCCUGCGUAUCACUCAAGUUUCACCAAGAGCCAUGGUACCAUUGGAAACAUGGCACUGCUGCCACUGAAAACCACAUUCAGAGGCCCCGCGCCUCCUUUCAACAACAAGGAACAGGACAUUAUUGAUGAGGCAUUGUAUUUCUUUAAGGCAAAUGUAUUCUUUAGGACGUACGAAAUUAAGAGUGAGGCAGACAGAGUUUUAAUCUACAUUACCCUUUUUAUUACCGAGUGUUUGAAAAAGCUACAAAAAUGCGCAACCCAACCACAAGCCAUGAACGAAAUGUUCUCCCUCGCUAUCUCCAAAUUUGAUAUCCCUGGUGAUCCUGGCUUUCCCUUGAAUUCUGUAUACGCCAAACCGAGUAGUCCCGCCGAAGCUGAUCUCAUGAGACAGUAUCUUUAUCAAAUCAGGCAGGAAACAGCUGUUAGAAUCGUUGAAAAAGUAUACGGCGAGGAUGGGAAGCCGAGCAAGUGGUGGCUCUGUUUCGCAAAAAAGAAAUUUAUGGACAAAUCGCUAUCUGGUCCCGGACAAUGAGUUAUCUCCUUGAUAUUGUUUUAAUGUGCAUAAUUGAAAAAUAAACCGGUUAAAAAAAGCUA